AAAUCUCAGUGAAUUCCUCUAGUGAAAUGAAAAUCGAUGGCCGGUGGAUCGCAUUAACAAUUGGAUAUUUAAAUAAUUGAGUGAUAUAAUCGUUACCUGACACCUGCGGAAUAAACUAGACUAUCCAAAGUAAAUAGCUAUUAAAAAAAUUUGAGCAAUCAAGAGAAUUAAAAGAAGUUUUUGACGAUUCGAAAGCCUGAUUUUUUUCAAUUACAAAGACAGGGGGUUUCAGCAUUGAAUCAUUGUCAAAUAAUUUUCAUAAAAAAAAUUAAGGAUGGCGAAUCGAUUAGCCUGGUUCCUCACACCUGCAGGAAAGAGAUUCUCGUCUGUUGCAGUCACUGUAGGUGCCUGUGCCACCGGUAUAGGGGCAUGGUUCUCGCAGACAUUGUUUUUGGAUAAUUAUCGUGACUUUGUCGCUUUGAGAAAGAACAGCAUCCCCCUGGCAGUCCCCGAAAAGCUGGAGAAGUUGUUCACCUCAGUUCUAGAGGACCUUUCUUUCUCGGACUACUACAAAACCAUCUCGAGGCCCUUCAUGGUCUUCGGUUUCGACGUCUACAACAUAGGCUCUCUGUGCACUCGCAAGGGAACAUACAUUGGCCUCCCCAUAAAUUUCACGUACGACUCGCCGAGCAGCAUUCAAAAACACGAGAUCUUCAUAAAAGACGAGGCCAUCAACUGGAAUCGAGAUGAUGCCCAGCAGCUUCUAGCGUCCCUCGUUCUUUCCGAGGACGCCAAAAAGUACGCUAUUGGAAGUCAACUCCUAGCGACGGACAAUAACAGAAUCGUGUGGAAUUCACUGGGCUCGGGGUCGUUGAUUGGAUGCUGCUAUGCGCUGUCAUCAGGGUGGAAUAGAUCGAUGGAUUUGUUUUCAAAGCCCAGGGCUGUGCGGCUGGUGCUUUAUUCCCUGACCUGUACAUUCUUUUGGGGGCUAUGGGCCAUGCAGAAAGACACGAUGAUCAGGUACUACGAGAGCACCGCUGACGAACACCUAUCUCAGCUGGGAGACAAGUACAUCAACGGGGCCAUCGAGUACUAUGAGAAAGCCCUGGCUCGCAACAAAGCCUUCAGGACGUUGCUGGGAGCAGAUGGGGCCAAGUCCUUCAACACCGAUGGAGACGAGACGUAUUUCUUCAGGCAAAAGCAUCUGCCGUUCACUGCUCGAAAGGAAUUUUUCGAGAAGAAGCUCAAAGACAGAACUGCGGUGGAGGAGACGAAAAAGGUUGAAGAGAUCGUGGGAAAUGCUGUUAAUUAGGAGAAUUGUCGUUGUAAGGCUUUUGAUUUUUUAAUUAAAAUUGUUGUACAAUUACAGGUUUACAUA